AGUACAUAUGCGCAGAGCACCAUUUGGCGGGACCUGGCUGGAGAAAGCUGCAAAAAUUUUAGUCCGCUCAAAAACCUUCGAGAAGCAGUAUUGUAUCACUAAUCGGGAAGAAAUUUGUUAAUGAAAAGGACAUUUGAGCCACUGUUAAACGAAUUGUAGAUUUAGGGUAAUCUAUUGGAUAAUCAAGAAGAAAACGAUGCCUAGGAAAAGUGGGCGAUUGCAGGGCAAGCAGAAAAGGGAAUCUGUAGACAGGCCUUUCAUCCUUGCCACAAGAAAGAGAAAAGCUGAAGAAGAACCAGAAACAGAAAUGGCAGUCGAUAACAGAAGACAACAUUUUGAGAUUCAGAACCAUUGGAUGCCACCAAUCUCUAACAGCUCCGUGGUUGCCUCUAGCUUAGUCCCAAGUGAAAACAUUGCCAGGAAUCUCCCCAAGACACCAGAGAACUUCAUCGGAUCAACAUUCCGAUUUCAGAACCACUUCACUACCCCCGUAUCCCUCCGCCACUCACCACUGCCAAUGCUCGACUGGGCAAACCAUGAAGAAGUUUGGGAGGUUAUGUUAAAGAAAGAUGAGUUAUAUGUGCGAGACAAUCAGGUGCUAAACAGACAUCCUCAGCUGCAAGGCAGGAUGAGGGCAAUUCUACUAGACUGGCUUAUAGAGGUAUGUGAGGUCUACAGGUUACACAGAGAAUCAUUCUACCUCUGCAUAGACUUCAUAGACCGUUACUUAGGAACACAACACAACGUACAAAAACAUCAACUUCAGCUUAUAGGAAUCACAUGUCUCUUCAUAGCAGCCAAGCUAGAGGAGAUCUAUCCCCCAAAGAUAUCAGAAUUUGCCUAUGUCACAGAUGGUGCUUGCACAGAAUCAGAAAUAUUGGACCAGGAAUUAGUUACUCUCAAAGCUCUCAAGUGGGAUCUGACUCCUAUGACAGUGAACUCAUGGCUUAAUGUCUACCUCCAGUUGGCCAAUCAUGAAAAUGUCACCCAGAGCUCUAAGGAGUUUGUCGUGCCCCAGUAUUCCUCACAUGUUUUUGUACAGAUAGCUAGGUUAUUGGACUUGUGUAUGUUAGACCUUGGUUGUCUCCAAUUCUCCUACAGUCAGAUAGCUGCAUCUGCUCUCUACCAUGUCUCCACUGAACAUGUAGCUCUAGCUGUAUCAGGUUUCAGUGCACUAGACCUACAAGCCUGCGUGCAAUGGAUGGCCCCAUUUGCAAUAACCAUAAGAGAAAAUGGUGCUGUCGAAUUGAAGUUCUUCCAGAACAUUCUCCCAGAGGAUACACAUCACAUACAGACACACAGCAUAGAUUUGAAUUUACUCGACAAAGCUCAGUCACUACAGAAGUUUGGUGACAAAACUCGUCAAUCAAGCAGUCCAGUAUUUGCUCAACAAUUCACAGGAAUUCUCACUCCACCUCACAGUAGUAAGAAACAAAAUACUAAUGGCACCGUGGUGUAAUGAACCAAUGGAAAAUUCCAUGGUAUAAAAUCAAAUGAUCAAUGGAAAAUUCCAUGAUUUAAUAAUAUGAUCUGGAAAACUCCGAGAUUGUGGAGGAUUCCAUCCAGUGCCCAAAUCUACCAGUGGAUCAAUUGAUGGCAGAUGGACACGGACCAGUGAAUAAUUUAUUUAUUAUUUAUUAUUGAUUGUCAGGCGUGUUUUGGGCCAGGAAUUUAUGAAUUUGAUCUAAGAAUGGAGUAAGGACUCGUAACGGAGCACUCCUUUAAAUUAGGUACAAAAUGACAGUCUUGGGAAUGCCAAAUGAGAAAUUAUGGACUGAAUUAUUCAGCCGAGAUCUCUAAAACUACAUGAUAUCACAUAAUGUGGUAUAAGAAUAGGAAAUACAAGUCCAUUCCUUUCAGCUACAGUGUAUAUUCUAUUUUGUGCUAGAUUCGGCCAGACAGGUGGCAUGACAUAUGAUGGUUGAUGGGAUGAGACUUUUUGUGACAAUGUGGAUACAAACAAUGCAAUCAAAGGCAGCAGCAGAGAGAGAGGUGGAUGGUUUUGAGGAGUAAUUGUACCCUGUACACUGUCAUUGGGACUAUUUUACAAUACGUAUAUUGGCAAAGCAGAGGAUAUUUAUUUGACCUCAAAUAAUGUGGUCUGAGUUUCUAAGUUGAAGCAAGUGGAAGGUGCCAUACCGAAUAUACAAAAAAUAAUUGUUUCAUUGUUAUAUAUAAUUUGGAUGUACAAAACAGGAGAAAAUUAUUUUCGGUUACUACUUCUAUGAGACCAUAAAAAUGAGUGUUGGUGUAAUGUUGAAAUGAAAUUUUAACUGAACAUUUAUAAUUUUAACAAAAAUUUACAUUUAAUAUUUUGUCCUAGACAUUUUAAUCUCUAUUUAAGAUUAAACAUUCCUUCGAUCUCACAUAACAUUUUGUUUAGUUUUUUAAUAUUAAUUAAAGAAAUUAGUGUGUGAAAAUGAUGUAAAGUAAUCAAUUAUCGUAUGAAAUAUUUUAAAUGUAAAAUCCAUGUUGUAACUUUUAGAUAUGUUACAAGUGUACUUUAGUGAACUGUACAAGUGUACUUAAACUGUACUUUAAUGGCACAAAGUGUACUCUUACUAUACCAAGUGUACUCUAACUGUACUCAAUUUAAUGGGGUUUAUGUCAACAAAUAUUUAGUAGUCAGUCUGCUGUGUAUAGAUGUAAAUAUAUAGAAUUAAUAUAUUACUGGCAGCAUAUAAAGUGUAAAAAUGUAGAUAUUCCGUUCCAAAACCCAUGUCUUACAAGUGAAAAUUGUAAAAUUGCAUUUGUGGUCUAUAUUUGCAAGUUGCAAUUUACAAGUUCCACUCUACUCUGAUUUACUUCAGACCUCAUUUUGCUUAGAUAUUUAUUCACGCAUUCAAAACUCCAAAAUAAAACAUGUAUCUGGGACUUUGCUUAGAUUAUUCACACAUUCAAAACUCUAUAAGUAAAACAUAUAUCUGGGAAUUAUUUUAAAUUCUACAUAUAUUAAAUGUUACAACUUAAAUUGAAAAGGCUGAACAGCAAUGUCCUCCAAGUGUGUGAUUUGAUUUGUUACCUGUGAUAUUACAAUUUGAACUUCAUGCUCUAUGAAUGCAUUUAUAAAUGUAUCAAUCCAGCUCAUGUAGAUCUUGCAAGGGGCAGUUUCUUAAAUGAAUUCUGGUUUCCAAUUUGAAUUCAUCUUGAAAUGUUUCUCCUUUAAAUUUUAUUUUAGCGAAAUUUUGAAUUCUUAAAUGGAAAUGAAAUGGGUUCAAGUUUCUCUGGGACUAAAUAUUCCCAUUGUAGUUAUCGAACAGUUUGAAGUAUUUUAGUUGUAUUUUUCGAGUUUGUACAGUAUUCAGCAUUUUAUCAUUGGGGUAAUACUUCAUUGGGGUCUUUUGUUGCAUUGACACAACAUUGUGGUUUAUGUUAUAUCAACAUGGUCUGAUGUUACAGAAGCUUGUUGGGUUCAUUUAAAUCACAAUGUUGUGGACUUGCAUAGAAGCCUCUGUCAUUGUAUAUAGUCUUACACGAUACAUCUGCCCAUAGACCCAUGCGUCUCAUGUCAUCAUUAUAAAUGUAUAACUCUACUCAUUUCAAGAUAUACAUUUUUACUUAUGUCAUGCUCACUAUGUAAAUUAACUUUAUUUAUUCAACUUUUAAAUCGGAACAACUUUGUUUGUUGAGAUGGUUUUAGAUCGACAGGACCAUAAAUGGACUUAGUUUUUAGUCCUAUUGUUUUGGAAUUAUCUUCCAAUUCAUUUACCAUGUUUAUAUUCUAAACAGUGGACUGGGUUUUUAUUUAGUUUCAAUACUGCCUUUUGUGUACAGUAUUUUUUAGUUUUAUAUUAUUUGCUAGGUAAAGGAUUAGGUGUAUUAUUAGUGUACACAAUAAAUUGUUUUAAUUAUACAAAAAAAAUCUUAAAAACAGUGUACAAAAAGUGUAUCAUAUAACCAAAUGUGUGUAUGUCCAACCAAUUUGAUUAAUAUUAAGAUUUUGUCUUGAAUGGAAACGUAUAUUUCAUUCUGUGUAUUGUUUCUACCACAUGGGUCUAGUUAUGAAUAUAUCAUUAUUUUGAAUGAAUUACAUAAAACGAGAUGCAUUAUUUAAAGUGCAAAUAAGAGAGUCAGAAUCUAAGUAAAAAAAUAUGCAUUUAAAAGUAAAAUGGAAUUUCAAACAUUGCAAAUGUGAUUUUUACUUUUUAUGUCAGUGUUCUCCCCAGGAUUUUUUCUCAAGUGGGUGCAAAA